UUUUUCAUUUUCAUUUGCACUCCUCUCUAUAUAUCAAUGAUGAAACUAUAGAAAAAUAGCGGUGUUUUCUUCUUUUGGAUUCUUUCUGUGGGAUCGUGAAAGUUGAAAAUCGGAUCAAGAGCUUUUGAAAUUCUACACUCUCCUAUUAACCAAAAUGAAAUGAGUUGACGAAAAGGAGAGAAGGUUAAAGAGUGAUCUGAAUAGGGUUUGUUUUAGAUAAGAAAGGAAUAGAAGGAUGUCAUCGUCAAGUUCUCCAUGCGCAGCUUGCAAAUUCUUACGCAGAAAAUGCACCCAGGAGUGUGUCUUCGCACCUUAUUUUCCGCCUGAUCAGCCCCAAAAGUUCGCCAAUGUCCACAAAGUGUUCGGUGCGAGCAAUGUGGCUAAACUCCUCAACGAACUGAAUGCUGCUCAAAGGGAAGAUGCUGUGAAUUCCCUUGCUUAUGAGGCUGAGUAUCGCCUUCGAGACCCAGUCUAUGGGUGUGUUGGGCUUAUUUCAUUACUUCAACAUAAGCUGAAGCAAGUUCAGGAUGAUUUGUUGGCUGCUAAAAAGGAACUGACUAACUACAUUGGUCCAUCAGCAAUGCUACCGAUUAAUCUUCAGCCUCCAGGGUUUAUUCCACAGCAUCAUAUGAAUGUUCCCUCUUCUAGUACCAUGAUGCCUUUCAAUAUGAACCCAAUUUUAGGAAUGCCAACAGGAGUCCCACAAGGUGGUCAAUUGAUGAUUCGCGACCCUCAGCAACAGCAGCAGCAGAUAAUUGAAGCUCAACAAUUUGCAGCAGCAUUGGCUGCAAGGGAACAAAGGGAGCAACAGGAGAUGCUCGGGAACUAUGAGCAGCAACAACAACAACAACAAGAACAGCAUCCUUCUCAGCAACAUGAUAUUUUAAGGUUUCACAGUGGGUUGGACUCUACGAGCUCGGUUACAGCUACUGGAUUUCAUCAAAUGAGUUCACCCAUAUCUCCUUCGUUGGUUUUGGUUGGAACCCCUGAAAAUCCUCAUAAUCUGUUUCCCCCGACUGGCCAACAUGGGCAUUCUUAUCCUAGUUACCAAGAAAGGCAACUUCAGUCUCAGCUAUUGCUACAGCAGCAGCAACCGCCACCGCAGCAACCAGAGACUCCGAGGCAACAACAAAGAGCCAAAAGCCAAGAGGAGGCAAGGAGCACUGGGCCUUCAUGUUGAUGUCUUCAGUAUCUACAUUUUUUAUUUGCAAGUUGACGGGGGAUAUACACAAGCGUAUAAAGAGACAUCAGAUAGAAGAAGAGAGAUUAUGGUGUACAAAGAGACAUGAGAGAUAGUCGGAAAGAGAUAUGAAUAUUAAUUUUCAACUUGAACCAUUAAAAUUCUUAGGUAUAAGGCCUUUCUUAGAUUUGUUUCCUUCUCCAAAUUUUCUAUUGAUCAAGACCCUUUUAGAGUUUUGAAAGUACAUUUUCUCAAAAUGUAGGAGCAGCAUUAAUUUCAAAUUAAAACAGCAGUACUGUUGUCUUUCUUUA